CAUGACGUCACAAGGAAGUAAGUGCGGAAAAUAAGCCAGUUCGUAGAUCGGUACUAGAACUAGGCCGAGUUCUGGUCUAGUUAGGUCUUUAGAAACUGUUGAAGUAGUGUAGGUACUCAAGGAACAUUAGGAUUGUGUGUAGAGUGGAUUGUACCACCUGUGUGUGCCAUGGGAGUGCUCGGCGGGGCAGGAGUGAGACAGCGGCGGCGCGCACUGGGGGUGCUCGGCCUGGUCGUCUGCAUGUCUACGGUAGUCGCGGGUGUAGUAGACGUCACCAUCGUCAGUAAGUACCAGUUCUUUGACGAGUCCGAUGCCACCCAGGUGUACUGUUACUACACGGGUAGUUACAGCAACCAGAACGGGUACCAGUUCGGUGUAGAGGUCAACACUGGCUCUGGAACAACAUUUCCCCGAGCGAGAGGCACCAGCAAGGUGUCAGGAGAAUGGUGGAGUGUGAAUAUCCACAGUAACGCCGGUGACUUCCGGGUUGGAGCAUUCUCCUGUCUAGUAAGCGACGGAAGUCAAACAGAGAAGGCCAUCACCUUCAAAAUGAAAUCACAGGCUGAUGUCUGGCCAGUGGCCUUCACAGUAACCGCCAGCCUUGGAGACCCUGUGACGCUACAGAUGGUACAGAAGUCCAGUAGAACCGGUACGCUUAUGUGGAGGAAGGACGGAAGUAUCCUGUCUGGACAGAACGGACUCAGUCUGACCAUAGCCAGUGUCCAGUCUUCAGAUGAGGGGAUCUAUGAAUGCUACUAUCAGGGGGAUACUGAUAGAAAGCAGGGCAUCAUGAGGCUCAUUGUCAGAGGUUGUGCUGCAGACAAGUGGGGUCCGCUGUCCUGUACCGGUGACUGUCCCGUGUGCUACAACGGCGGUGUGUGUGACGACAACACGGGGGAAUGUGUCUGUCCUCCGGGGUUCCAUGGACAGAAGUGUGAAAGUGCCUGUGCGAACAACAAGAUCGGUACAAGCUGCACGAGAGAGUGUGACGGUGGAGACUGUAGGGGUAAGCUUCUUUGUGUGAUGGAUCCUUACGGAUGUUCCUGCGCUCCUGGAUUCAUGGGGAUAGAGUGUAAUACAGGUGAGUACUCAUGA